AGACCUUUACAAAGGAAGUAUUGACAUUCAUAUGCGGAAGAAGCUAGACUGGGGAAAACAAUCGGGUGGAUCGACGAACUGUAACUUUAAAUAAGGAAUAGAAGAAACAAACGACGGCGCGAUAUUUGUCCUGAUCAGCUACUUCUAUCUCUGGUGGACGUUUUCCACAUAAAGAAAAGGCAAGAUGGAGUUCCUGUUUGGAAGGAGAAAGACUCCGGAGGAGAUGCUCAGACAGAAUCAGAGAGCGCUAAAUAGAGCCAUGCGAGAUCUUGACAGAGAACGCCAGAGGCUGGAGCAACAGGAAAAGAAAAUAAUUGCUGACAUUAAGAAAAUGGCCAAACAAGGACAGAUGGAUGCUGUGAAAAUCAUGGCUAAGGACUUGGUCCGCACAAGACGAUACGUUAAGAAAUUCAUCAUGAUGAGAGCCAAUAUUCAAGCUGUCAGCCUUAAAAUCCAAACCCUCAAAUCAAACAACAGCAUGGCGCAGGCCAUGAAAGGAGUCACCAAAGCUAUGGCCACCAUGAACAGACAGUUGAAGUUGCCACAGAUUCAGAAGAUCAUGAUGGAGUUUGAGCGCCAAAGUGAAAUCAUGGACAUGAAGGAGGAGAUGAUGAAUGAUGCAAUCGAUGAUGCAAUGGGAGAUGAAGACGAUGAAGAGGAGAGUGAUGCUGUGGUUUCUCAAGUUCUGGAUGAGCUGGGUCUGACUCUGUCUGAUGAACUUUCAAACCUGCCUUCUACUGGAGGGAGCCUUUCGGUUGCAGCUGGGAAGAAAGCUGAACCGCAGCCUACACUGGCAGAUGCUGAUGCUGACUUGGAGGAGAGGCUGAACAACCUGAGGAGAGACUGAGAAAGACUUUCAAUGAAGGUUUUGAUUCAGAAAUGUUUGCGUAAAGCUCGCUUCACUAAAAUGUAGACUGAUGCAAAGAGAGAGGAUGUGAAUGCUGUCUUUUUUUCUGACAUUUGACGCUUUAAUGCGUCCCUUUUGUUUUUAUGUCCUCUUUUUAUGACAUGUGCUGUAUAAAUGUUACCAAACACAUAACCCAAAUGAAGAUGCAAUGCAUCAGACUGCCCUCAUGCCUUCUGUUUAGACAAAUACUUUUAAAGGUGAUAAAAUCAACAAAGAAUCUGCUUACCCUGGGAUUCCAACUUGAUCUUUUGAGGAAAACUUAACACUAAGUAUUUUACUGCUAUAAAAUUUGGUUUAUCACACAUCAUCUCUUAAUUAUAACAAACAGACGGUGAUCCUAAUCUUUUAUAUAAAUAGUGCGAAAUGGAGUCACUCCAGUUUUCAAUCUGUUCCUAUAAGGGAACAUCAGAGAAUUCUCUUUGAAAUACCUGUGCUAUUAUACUAUCAUUAUCUUCUAUUAAUAUUUUAAUCGUGAUCUUAUAGUGGUAAAUACCUUCAUAUAAUAAAUGUGGUGGUAUAUAUAUUUGUUUCUCAAAGUGAUUGAAUCUUUAGUCCCAGGCCUGUUCAAUAAACUAUAAACCUUCAUGAACUCAAGUUUGUGCAAGGCAAUGUCUCACAACUUUUCAUUUAAUUAAAAAAAAUCUUGGAGGCAGUUUUCCAAAGCUUGUAUUGUCUCAAAAUAAUCUAAAGAAAUAUUAAAAACAUUAGAAAUAUUAUCAGUGUAUUUAUCUUAAGGUGAAUCAAAAGAGGUGGUAUAUUUUGGAAGAAAAAAAAAAUCAUUAUUUUGCAUUUUUUGUUUCAAUAAACAUUUUUCACACUUGA